UGUCGUCUCCUUUUUAUCUACCAUCUCCAGAUCUCUCUCUCUCUCUCUCUUUCUCUCUCUCUAACAACCAAUUCCGUCACAUUAUUCCUAGGGCUCGGAAGACAGACCACCAAAUCCGAGUAAAACCCUAGGAAACAAAAAAGCCAAUCCGAAAACGUCUAAUCAAAUUCAACCAAGUCCUCGUGUAAUGCUCCAAUUCCCAGCUACACCUACAGCAACAUUCCGUUUGGAACGGCGAGCACGUUAAAAAAACCUCCAUGGGUAUUUGCACGUCCAAGCCCCCCACAGAAACCAGCAACCGCUACGCCAAUCCAGCAAAAGACAUCAUCAACUCUGGUCCCGGAAACGACGCCGUUAAACCAUCCGACACUGCCCAAAACCCUACGAACGAGGAUAUAGGCAAGAAAUCUCCCUUCUUUCCGUUCUACAGCCCGAGCCCAGCCCACUACCUGUUCUCCAAGAAGACUCCGGCGGCCAAUGGGGGCUCUGCCACCUCGACGCCGAAGCGGUUCUUCAGGCGGCCGUUCCCGCCGCCCUCGCCUGCCAGGCACAUCAGGGCGGCGCUGGCGAGGAGGCAGGGGUCGGUGAAGCCGAAUGGGAGUGAAGGAGGGGCGAUACCGGAGGGCAGCGAGGCGGCGGGGGAGGAGGGCGGUGGGCGCGUGGUGGGGCUUGAUAAGAGUUUCGGGUUUUCAAAGAAUUUUGGGGGUAAGUAUGAGAUUGGGGAGGAGGUUGGAAGGGGGCAUUUUGGGUAUACUUGCAGGGCCAAGUUCAAGAAGGGAGAGAUGAAGGGGCAAGAGGUUGCGGUCAAGGUUAUCCCUAAAGUCAAGAUGACCACCGCCAUAGCCAUUGAGGACGUAAGAAGGGAGGUGAAAAUAUUGAGGGCUUUGUCAGGACAUAACAAUCUAGUCCAGUUCUAUGACGCAUUCGAAGACAAUGAAAAUGUCUACGUAGUGAUGGAGUUGUGUGAAGGUGGGGAGCUUUUGGAUAGAAUACUGGCGAGGGGUGGCAAAUACACAGAAGACGAAGCAAAAGCUGUCUUGGUCCAAAUAUUAAAUGUUGUUUCCUUUUGCCAUUUGCAGGGUGUGGUUCACCGUGAUCUUAAACCUGAGAACUUCUUGUUCACAUCAAAGGAAGAGAACUCACCACUAAAGGCCAUAGAUUUUGGGUUGUCAGAUUUUGUGAAGCCAGAUGCGAGGCUUAAUGAUAUUGUUGGCAGUGCAUAUUAUGUGGCACCAGAAGUGCUGCAUAGGUCUUACAGUACCGAAGCUGAUGUCUGGAGUAUAGGGGUAAUAUCCUAUAUUCUAUUAUGUGGGAGCCGCCCAUUUUGGGCUCGAACAGAAUCUGGGAUCUUCCGGGCUGUUCUAAAAGUCGAUCCCAGUUUUGAUGAAUCACCUUGGCCUUCUCUAUCGUCUGAGGCAAAAGACUUUGUCAAGCGCUUACUGAACAAGGAUCCACGGAAAAGAAUGUCAGCUGCACAAGCCUUAAGUCAUCCAUGGAUCAAAAAUAACAAUGACGCAAAAGUGCCCCUGGACAUAAUGAUCUUCAAACUCAUGAAGGCCUAUAUGCGUUCAUCUGCUCUUCGUAAAGCUGCUUUACGGGCUUUGUCCAAAACCUUGACAGUGGAUGAGCUAUUUUAUUUGAAGGAGCAGUAUGCGCUAUUGGUACCAAACAAAAAUGGCACCAUAAGCUUCGAUAAUAUCAAAGCGGCCUUGACUAAAAAUGCAACAGAUGCUAUGAAGGAGUCCCAUGUCCUUGAAUUUCUAGCAUCACUUAAUGCACUUCAGUAUAGAAGGAUGGAUUUCGAGGAAUUCUGUGCGGCUUCAUUAAGUGUCCAUCAGCUUGAGGCUCUUGAACGGUGGGAGCAACACGCUCGUUGUGCUUAUGAACUUUUUGAGAGUGAUGGGAACAGGGCUAUUGUCAUUGAGGAACUGGCUUCGGAACUAGGCGUUAGCCCAUCCAUCCCAGUUCAUGCUGUUCUUCAUGACUGGAUUAGACACACAGAUGGAAAGCUGAGUUUCCUUGGGUUUGUCAAGUUGUUGCACGGUGUCUCUAGCCGGUCUCUUGCAAAAUCUCAAUAACACUCUUCCACCAGGCAAUUAUCGUCGAUUACCAGUUUCUCUGUGCUUGUCUCUGCCUAUAAAAUAGCAGAAGAAAAGUGGUCAACAUAC